CUGGGUCACGUGGUUUGCGGAUGGGAUGGAUGGAGCAGCUGGGUGGCCAUAUCCACGAAGAAGAGGAUGGCCUCAUUACGCGCACGGAUCCCACUGCUCUCCAAACCAAGAAGAUGCCCAAAUCCUCACCUUGCGUAUUCCCAUGGUCCUCCCUGUGGCUGGCAUCUUUGGCUACUUUGGUGGUGCAGUCGGUUCUCUCUUCCUCCUACUCUUCUUCUUCCUCCUCUACAUAUCAGAGACCUGCAGCCGGUGGGAAGCGACCGGGCUUCAUGGAGAGGACGCUGAUUCUCCUGGAUGUCAACACCCGCAGUCCGAUCAGAGUCCUCAACGACAACUUCCUUUCUUUGCAGCUGGACCCCUCGAUCAUCAAAGACGGCUGGCUGGACUUUCUGAGCUCCAAGCGGCUCGUGACCCUGGCGCGCGGCCUGUCGCCUGCCUUUCUGCGUUUCGGCGGAAAGCGGACCGACUUCCUGCAGUUCAACAACCAGAAGAACCUCGCCAAGUUCAGGGGACCAGGACCAGACUACUAUCUGAAGAACUACGAAGACGAUAUAGUGCGCAGUGACAUUGCACUGGACAAACAGAAGGGCUGCAAACUGGCGAACCAUCCUGACAUAAUGCUGGAGCUGCAGCGGGAGAAAGCAGCUACCACGCAGCUCGUCCUGCUGAAAGAGCAACUGUCCAACAUCUACAGCAACAUCACAAUAACAGCCAGGUCUUUAGACAAACUGUACAACUUUGCCGACUGUGCUGGUCUGCACCUGAUCCUGGGGCUGAACGCACUGCACAGAAACCCAGACAACUCCUGGAACACCUCUUCCACCCUGAGCCUCCUGAAAUACAGUGCUGGCAAGAAGUACAACAUCUCCUGGGAGCUGGGUAACGAGCCUAAUGCCUACCGCAGCAUGGUGGGUCGUGCGGUCAACAGCACCCAGUUAGCUCAGGACUACACCAAGCUGCGGACCCUGCUGCAGUCUGUGCGCUACUACCACCGAGCUCACCUCUAUGGCCCCAAUGCAGGACGACCCCGAAAAAACGCCAUCCUGCUGCUGGAUGGGUUCAUGAAGAAUGCUGGCUCUGUUGUAGAUGCAGUUACGUGGCAACAUUACUACAUGGAUGGCAGAGUGAACAAAGUGGAGGACUUCCUAAAAACUCGUCUGUUGGACACACUGACAGAGCAGAUCAGUAAGGUCACCAAGGUUGUGAACACACAUGCUCCUGGUAAGAAGGUGUGGCUAGGUGGACUGGGCCCGGCGUGGGCAGGAGGCAUCAGUAAUCUUUCUGACACAUAUGCUGCUGGCUUUCUGUGGGUGAACACGCUGGGUAUGGCUGCUAUGCAGGGGAUUGAUGUUGUCUUGCGUCACUCAUUCUUUGACUACGGAUACACGCACCUUGUGGACCAGCACUUUAACCCUUUACCUGAUUACUGGUUCUCUCUGGUCUUUAAGCGUCUGGUUGGUCCAAGGGUUUUAGCUGUGCGGGUGGCUGGACUGCAGAGGAAACCACAACCAGGACGAGUCAUACGAGACAAGCUACGUAUCUACGCCCAUUGUACCAGCUACUACAAUCAUAACUAUGUGAAAGGGUCCAUAACAAUCUACAUCAUCAACCUGCAUCGGUCGCGAAAGAAAAUUAAGUUGGCGGGGACGUUACGGAACAAUACUGUCCAUCAGUACCUCCUGCAACCCUACGGCAGUGACGGACUCAGAGCCAAACAUGUCCAGCUGAACGGGGAGAAGCUGCUCAUGGUGGACAAUGAGACAUUCCCGGAGUUGAAGCCUAAGACAUUGAGGGCUGGACGGACAAUAGCCAUGCCUCCCAUGACCAUAGGCUUUUAUGUCAUCAAAAACAUUAACGCGUAUGCCUGCCGAAGAUAACAUUGACCCUUCAUCCCUGAGAUGUGGGCGUGAUGCUCAGAAGUCUACCAAACCAACCCUCUGCAAGCUUGACCCAAAGCUUAAAAACAGUGUGGCUCUUCUUUUUUCACCUUUCCAGGGACAACAGGGAGGUCAGAACACCACUUUAUUUGGAUUUUUGUCACUUCAGUAGAGUGGACAUGUGGCUUGAAUGCAGUACAGUCUUCUGGUUUAACAACAGCCUCUUUGACUGUUAUUUCAAUUGUAAUAUUUAAACCACACUACCAAAUUACAAAUAAACCCAGCCCUUUCCUUGUUCUCUUCUCUGGUCCAACAAAGAAAGACUUGCCCAAGACACAUAAAAGGGCUGCACUGAACACUUUUAAAUUCUUUUCACCAGGAAUUCCUCAAAUGCUACAAGUGAUUGUUUUGUGCCAGUUUAUGUAUUUUUGUAGUUACAAAAAAGUCCACAUUCUUUGACUUGAUUAAGCUAUUUUUUUUUUUUAGGAUUGUCAAACCGAGGGUUUGUUUUCUGCCAAAAGAGUUCUUUUUUUCUAAUUUUACACUGACUGGCAGUCAAAAAAGUAUGAGAGAAAACUCUGAACAGGCAGCGUUUCUGAAGCAUACACAAGUCAACUUCAGUUUGACUUGAUCCUUUCCACAAAGAGAAAAUGCUGCGGUGUGUGCAAGGUCAUGCCUGGACUAACUAAGUGCUGUGUGUGUGUGUGUAUGUGUGUGUGUGUAUGCAUAUGUUUUAUUGAUAAAGCUACUGAUGUGUCUGUCCAGUCUGUUUGAGAACAUGUUUCUUCCCUUGCCGUAUCAAUUGGCUUAAAGGGAAAAUCUGUUUCUUCUAAAGGCUGUUUUUGUAUGUUUUGUGUAUCAUUGCUUUUCUGCCGCAGGUUUUCAUCAGUUUAAACUGCAGAGUACGAUAGCCAGGACGUGUUGCUGGUGCUGUUUUGCAGCGAUGAAGAACAAUGUGAACCCAUCCCUAACAUCUGUCCUCACAUAGCCUGUAUCCACACAAAAUCUGGGUCUUGCUUUAGAUUUAGAAAUUCUGAAAUACCAGUUUUUUUUAUGUGUAUUUGAACCUAUACCUACAUACCUUCAGUGUGAUCUCACGUUUUAUAAUCCUCUUAUGCUGCUAGGGUUUUUUGUACUAAAUAUACAUUAUAUAUUUUACAUAAUUUUGUACAGAUUUACUGUCAUAUAUUAUUAGAUAAUGUAUUGUACAUAAAAAAGAGUGAUGAAAAUAAGUGAUAAGCUUGAUAUGUUUACUUACAUAAAGUAUACACCUAAUUUAUAUGAUUAAAUACUUUGUUUUGGGUUUCUCUUUUUUGGUUUUUAUAGUUUACUGGUACAAAUGCCCCAACUCUAAAGAAAAAUCAAAAAUAAUUUAAAGAAUGUUUUCAUUGACUGUGUUAAGAUGCAAAUAUCAGAGGCACAAACAAUUUAUUUGCAAGAGAAGGAAUUGCCUGAAGAUGGUUCAUAACCUAUGUUUCACAAUUUUCACAUCAUUUAUGUUAAUUUUAUUUCAUAAUAUUUUAAUCAUUUUAUUUAAAAAUGGGAUUGUUAUUCUCUAUACUAAAACCACAGAGUGAGUCAAAGCGUUGCCUGGAGAGAUUUGGUCAUGUUGCUUAUUAGGUGCUUUGAACUCACACGACUAAGAACAACGAUAACAUUUCUUGAUUCUUAACAUGGUGGAAGACACAGGAGUAGGUUCAGUGCCUGAACAUAUUAAAUAUAAAGAAGUUUUCAUCUGAAUUUGUUUAUAGUUAAUGUAGAGAUGUUCAUAUUUCUUUUGGAGAGCAUUAUUUUAAUAUGUAAAGUGUGCCUAUAUAUUAUUUUUUGUAAAAAAAAAAAAGUUUACAUUGAUAAUAAACACC